AUUUUUCUCAUUAUUCGAGAUUUAUUUAGAAGGCUAUAAUGAUGUUCGGGGGCUAAAUGGCUGAUAAUGGGUCUCUGAGGUCAGGUAAGCAGUCGGCACUUCCUUGACAACAAAACUCGGAGAAACGCCCGCAGCUUCCUUUGAAGUGUCUCAGCAAAUCCUACUUCCACGUCCAAGAAGACUACGGUCGCAUGGCCCCCGGACAAUGUUCUUCUGGUCCUGCCAGAUAGAAUAGCUGACGGUUGAGGGUGAAUAGCGAGUUUCCGGCGCCUGAAAACUGGAACAGGCCGACUAAGGGUAGUUCCCCUCGACAGAAAGGACUUCGCACUUCUGGAGGCGAUAAGGUGGCAGCCCCACCACCGGAAUCGGAUACAGGAAACGACAUUGGCAAGGAAACGGACAAGAAUCGGCUGCUGGAAUGUGAGAACUCUAUAUGAAACAUCAAGACUAGCGCAACUAAUGAAAGAGUUCAAUCAAUAUAAGCUAGAAAUACUCGGUAUCAGCGAGAUGAGGUGGAAUGACUCUGGUGAGCACAUGGCUGCUGGUGGGGAGACGAUCAUCUUUUCAGGCAAGCCGUCGGGAGAGGCGCAUGAGAGCGUUGUAGGCAUGAUCCUAAGUAAAACUGCGAAGCUUUGCCUCCUUAAUUGGAAACCCAUAUCAGAUAGAUUGAUUACGGCGCGCUUUAGAACGCACGCAAGAAACUUAACAAUAGUCCAGUGCUAUGCGCCGACAGAACAAGCUCCACUGGAAACUAAGGAAGACUUUUACGAUCAACUCUCUUCCACAAUUACAAAUACCCCGAAGGGUGAUAUUCUGCUACUCAUGGGAGACCUUAAUGCGAAAGUUGGCAGCGACAACAGAGGUCUGGAGCACAUAAUGGGGCGCUGUGGGAUGGGCACCAGAAAUAUAAACGGUGGGCUGCUGCAGGACCUUUGCCUUCAGCACAAUCUAUUAAUUGGAGGAACGCUAUUCCCGCACAAAGACAUACAUAAGGUAACAUGGAUGUCUCCAGACCACAGAACAAAUAAUCAGAUUGACCAUCUUCUGAUCUCAAAAACCUGGAGAAGAUCGCUAUUGGAUGUUAGGAAUAGGAGGGGUGCUGACAUAGGCAGCGACCAUCACUUGCUGCUGGCAACACUACAAAUAAAAUUAGCCAAAAUUGCUACCGCGGCAGCCCCCGCCACACGGAAAAAGUUCCAGCUCGAUAGGCUUAAAACUCCCGCAACCUUGCAGCACUACAAAGGAAAAUAUAGAGAAGUGACAUCCAAUCUUAUAAAAGACCGCACGGAGGAGUGGGAGAUAGUUAGUAACCAAAUAACAAGCAUGACGAAGGAAGUACUAGGAACUAAAAGUGCUAAGAGGAAGGAAUGGCUUGGCGAAGAGACCUGGGAGCUCAUAGAAAGACGCAAAGCAAUUAAGCAGGAAAUAAAUCAUGCUAAUUUGGACACGGAUAUAGCGGCUCUCACCAGACUCUAUAACGAUAUCAAUCGUAAUAUCAAAAGAAGUGCAAUAAGGGACAGGAGAAGAUGGAUCAACUCACUAGCCGAGGCAGCGCAAACCGCUGCAGAAUCUCAUAACAGCAGAGAACUUUAUAGAAUCACUAAGAGGUUGAGUGCGCGAAGCUUUAAUAUCAACGUUCCGGUGCGAAGCAAGGAGGGGGACCUACUGAAUACAAGGGAGGACCAACUGAGCAGAUGGAGAGAAUAUUUUGAGCAAUUGUUGAAUAACACGGCCCAGACUGAUAAUACUCAGGACGUGACGGAGUGCGACGAGGGCAUUGUAAACGAUCCUGAAGAAGCUCUGAACAUAAACUGCGAGGUCCCGGGCAAGUCGGAAAUCAGGACAGCUGUAAGAGAAUUGAAAAACAACAAGGCGGCAGGUCCAGACGACAUUCCUGCCGAAAUCUUAAAAGCCGACGUCGAGGCAACAGUGGAACUCCUGUACCCAUUACUCAAGCAUGCCUGGGAUAACAAUUCUUUCAAUCCCUCUUGGAAGGAAGGCUUAAUAGUUAAAAUCCCCAAAAAGGGUAACUUAAUGGAAUGUGCAAUUGGCGCGGUAUAACGCUGCUAAACACUGUAAAUAAAAUAGUGGCAUCUGUAAUACAGAAGAGGCUUACCACGACCUUGGAACCUAAACUAAGGCAAGAGCAAUGUGGAUUUAGACCCAAUAGGUCGUGCAUUGACCAUGUUAAUACC